AUGGCAGCAGAAGCCAACCAUGUCCAUUCCAUGUUCGAGCUGGCAGAAGUAAAUGAUGGCAAGCCAAAGCGUCGUCCCAGAGUCUUCCUGGAGCCGGUCGAAAGACGCACUGAUGUCAAGGCCUAUGUGACUAAGAAAGUGAGGAAGGCCUGCCGCUGCACUACAGCUAGAGCCAAAGACCAGAUCUACAGUUUCCUCCCUGUGCUGAAAUGGCUUCCCAAGUACAAUCUCAAAGAGAACAUCUUGGGAGAUGUUAUGUCUGGCCUGAUUGUGGGAAUCUUGCUAGUUCCACAGUCCAUUGCUUAUUCCCUGCUGGCGGGCCAAGAACCCAUCUACGGUCUGUACACGUCCUUCUUUGCAAGCAUUAUUUAUUUCCUGUUUGGAACAUCCCGUCAUAUAUCUGUCGGCAUUUUUGGUGUGCUCUGCCUGAUGAUAGGAGAAGUGGUAGAUCGCGAGCUACACAGAGCUGGGUUUGAUUUGAAACCCAAUGUUUCUAGCAGUUACCAUUCAGAUGUAGUCAUUUAUGUAGCUAACAGCACACUGGGGGCCAUGAACCAGACUUCGCAAGCGUUGUGUGACAGAAGUUGCCAUGCGAUUGUCGUUGGUGCCACUGUGACCUUCAUAGCUGGAGUUUAUCAGGUUGCCAUGGGCUUCUUCCAGGUGGGCUUUGUUUCUGUGUACCUCUCUGAUUCCUUGCUCAGUGGAUUUGUUACAGGAGCUUCCUUCACAAUCCUUACUUCACAAGCGAAAUAUCUCUUGGGCCUAGACAUUCCUCGGAGCAAUGGCGUCGGCUCCCUAGUAACCACUUGGGUGAACAUAUUCAGAAACAUCCACAAGACCAACCUCUGUGAUCUCCUCACCAGCUGCUUAUGCCUUCUUGUUCUCGUCCCAACGAAAGAGCUGAAUGAGCGGUUCAAGUCCAAACUCAAGGCUCCCUUGCCUACCGAGCUGCUGGUGGUUGUGGCAGCAACACUCGCCUCUCAUUUCGGCAAACUGGAAGAGAAGUACGGUUCCAGCGUAGCUGGGCACAUUCCAACUGGCUUUUUGCCCCCGCAGCCACCAGACUGGAACCUGAUCCCCAGCCUGGCUUUGGAUGCGGUGGCCAUAGCCAUUAUUGGCUUUGCUAUCACUGUAUCUCUGUCAGAGAUGUUUGCCAAGAAGCACGGCUACGCGGUGAAAGCCAACCAGGAAAUGUACGCCAUCGGUUUCUGCAACAUCAUCCCCUCUUUCUUCCAUUGUUUCACGACCAGCGCAGCUCUCGCCAAGACACUUGUCAAGGAAUCGACAGGCUGUCAGACUCAGAUCUCUGGUGUGGUGACCGGCCUGGUCCUCUUGCUUGUCCUCCUAGUGAUCGCUCCUCUGUUCUACUCCCUCCAAAAGUGCGUCCUGGGUGUCAUAACCAUUGUCAAUCUCAGAGGAGCCUUACGGAAGUUCAGCGAGCUGCCCAAAAUGUGGCACUUAAGCAGAGUAGACACAGUGAUCUGGGUAGUCACUAUGUUGUCUUCAGCGUUGUUAAGCACCGAACUUGGGCUUCUGAUUGGGGUCUCCUUCUCCUUGCUGUGUGUCAUUGUGCGGACGCAGAGACCGGAAGGAAAACUGCUGGGCUGCGUGCCAGAAUCUGAAAUAUAUGAACCUCUUCUCGCAUACAGGAACCUUCUGACAAUGCCGAGCAUCAGAGUUUUUCGUUUCGAAGCACCUCUCUACUAUGCAAAUAAAGAGGCCUUCAAGUCCAUGCUGUACAAGCUGACUGGAGUCAACCCUUUGUGGGUGCUAGCAGCAAAGAAAAAGGCAGAAAAGCAAAAGGUUCGCAAAGAAAUGGUCAGUUCUAAUGGAAACCAGGCAGCUGUUUCAGUGCAGCUUGUCACUCAGCCGUUGGAGUGCCAUACGAUAGUGAUUGACUGCUGUGCAGUGCAGUUCUUAGACACAGCUGGGAUCCAGACGCUCAAAGAGGUCCACAAGGAUUAUGGGGAAAUUGGCAUCCGGGUGCUGCUGGCUCAGUGCAGUCCUUCUGUGAGGGAUUCUCUAAGCCGAGGGCAGUAUGCCAAGGAGGGAGAGAAAAAUCUCCUCUUUCACAGUGUGCACCAAGCUGUGGAAUAUGCAUUAUUCGCGUACAGGCAGAAUGGGUGCUAUGACUCUGAAGCCUAGCGUAAGAGUCCAUGCUGAAUAUUUGCAAAAUUCAGGUAAAGGCAUACGCAUGUGUGAUAAUGCUGUGCAUACAUUCACACAGAUGUAAAGGGCUACUCUUAUUUGUAUGCUAUCG